GGCGUUAUACGAUUUUAGGGUUUCUGCAACAAGCGAUAGAGCGUGAGAGAUUUCACCAGAGGUUUAGCCGCCCUCUAACGCCGUCGCUGCCUUCUCAUCGCCACCAUGAUUAUUCCUGAGAAGAACCGCAGGGAGAUCUCCAAGUAUCUCUUUCAAGAGGGAGUUUGCUAUGCAAAAAAGGACUACAAUCUCGCGAAACACCCCGAUAUCGAUGUCCCGAAUCUGCAGGUUAUCAAGUUGAUGCAGAGCUUCAAGUCGAAGGAGUACGUAAGGGAGACCUUUGCAUGGAUGCAUUACUACUGGUACCUCACCAAUGACGGCAUUGAAUUUCUGAGAACUUACUUGAACCUUCCUUCCGAAAUUGUCCCUGCAACUCUAAAGAAAUCCGUUAAGCCCGCCGGUAGGCCAAUGGGACCACCUGGUGACCGCCCACGUGGUCCACCUCGCUUUGAAGGAGAUAGACCAAGGUUUGGUGACCGGGAUGGGUACCGUGGAGGUCCACGAGGACCUCCAGGUGAGUUUGGUGACAAGGGUGGAGCUCCUGCUGAUUAUCAACCUUCUUUCAGGGGUCCUGGUGGAAGACCUGGUUUCGGUCGUGGAGGUGGUAGCUAUGGUGCAGGGCCAACCAGCUCAUCAAAUCUUCCUUGAGAGACAUUGGUUUCGAUCUUAUGGUUUUGGCUGUUAUGGGAUCAGAGAUAUAAACCAGAGUUGUAAUGAUUUGUCUAAAUUUCAGUUUGGAGUAGUGUUUUUGAGAAGAUUUUUAGAAUCCUAGCUGUGUUUUUCAUGGGAUCCUUUUAACAUUCAUUUGUCUUGCCUCCUGGUUAAUUGGAAUUCAAAUUAUUACUCC